AUGCCGCCGAUCGUUACUGGAAGCACAAAGAAGCCCCCUCACUGGCAGGUCAAGGCGACUAGAAGUUCCGCAGCACACACUUCUGAAUUCCAAGCAUCCAAAAUAUUGAAAAGCAUUACGGAAAUAUGGCAUUCGCUCGCAGGUGGCCUUGGAUCGAGCAUUGGCCAAAAGCUAAGACAGCAAGGCGCCCGUCUAGCGAUUCUCUAUGCGCCUUUCGAUGCAGCGCGCCGAGACCAGCUACUAGAGGCUGGGUACGGCGGCAACCACAACCCGGAUGAUAUCCGCGCCUAUGAAUGCGAUAUCACAUCGCCAGACUCGGUGCAGUCUGCCUUCAGCUCGCUGCAAAAGGAGAUGGUCGCGCCCGAAUCAUCAUCCCUACCGUCCAGGGCAUUCCCAGGAAUUCUUAUCAACACGGCCGGGUACGUGUCGCUGAGUGACAUGGAAAUCACUCCGCCCGAGGAGACCAUGAAGCACCUCACCACCAACGUCCUCGGCCCGAUGCUCUGCUCGCAGGCGUUUGCGCGGCUCUAUUUUGCUGCGUCGAAGGCUGCCGAGGCUUCGCCGAGUCCGCCGCCUCCGGGUAGGAUCGUGAAUAUCUCGUCGCAGGCGGCGCAUGCUGCGCUGCACCGACAUGGUGCGUACUGUGCUUCCAAGGCUGGACUAUUAGGUUUGACACGAAGCAUGGCUUCGGAGUGGGGAGGUCGGGGCAUUACCUCUAACACUGUCUCGCCUACUGUUGCGUGGACGGCUCUCGGGCAGAAGGCUUGGGGAGAGGACUCUGUGAGAGAGGCCUUUCUCAAGAAUAUACCGACUGGCAAGUUUGCAUUGCCUGAAGAGGUUGCCGAUGCCGUUCUGUUUCUUUGUCAAGACUCGAGCGGUAUGGUCAAUGGUGCGGAUAUCAGAGUUGACGGUGGAUUCACCAUCAGGUAG